CUAGGCGGGAGAAGCCGAGAAGUCCAGAACCCUAGUCUGCCCCAGCCCGGCUCGUCGCAGGCAAGCAUCGCGGCGGCGCGGGCACACCUCCGCCGACACAGGCGCCGCUCCUCCUCCUCCCUUCUCCCCUCUCGUUUCUUGCGGCCGAGGAGUCGCCCCCAACUCAGGUGAAGUCACGAUGAGCAUCUCGGGCGAGGUCCCCGCCGGCGAAGGCUCUGAUGGAGAGGAGGUGUUCAUCAAUGAGGAGGACAUCAUACACGAGAUACCCAUCGACGAGGAAGAUCUCCCUGACCGGGAUGAUGAUGAGGAUGACGAUGGGAUGGGUGAUAUGCAAGAGGAUGAUUCCCAAUAUGCAUUUCGUGCUCAUACAGACGAGAUAUUCGCUGUGGCAUGCAGUCCUACAGAUGCAUCACUUGUGGCUUCUGGAGGGAAAGACGAUAGAGGAUUCCUGUGGAAGAUUGGAUCAGCAGAGGAUGUUUUGGAGCUGGCCGGGCACACAGAUACUGUCUGCACGGUUGCUUUCAGUUCAGAUGGGAAUCUUUUGGCUUCUGGAAGUUUUGAUGGACGCAUAAAUGUGUGGAAUACAGCUACACGAACACUUCAGGGAACCCUUGAGGGUUCUGGAUCUGGCUUCGAGUGGCUUAAAUGGCAUCCACGAGGGCAUUUGAUAAUUGCAGGAUCAGAAGAUUGUAAUUUGUGGAUGUGGAAUGCUGACCAUAAUGCCAUUCUGAAUACCUUUGCUGGCCAUAGUAGCACAGUGACAUGUGGUGAUUUUACUCCAGAUGGUAAACUUAUCUGUACUGGAUCAGAUGAUGCAUCAUUGAGAAUAUGGGACCCAAGAACUGCACAAAGCAGACAUGUUGUUCGAGGCCAUGGCUAUCAUACGGAUGGAUUAACAUGCUUAUCAGUUACUUCGGAUUCCCAAACAAUUGUUAGUGGUUCAAAGGAUAAUUCUGUGUGUGUUGUGAACAUAAACUCAGGCCAGGUUGUUGGCUCACUGGACGGCCACACUGGCUCUAUUGAGUGUGUCGGCAUCUCACCAAGUUACAAUUGGGUGGCUACAGGGAGCAUGGAUCAGAAGCUCAUCAUCUGGGACCUUGGUCGCCAAUCGAUCCGAUGCACUUGCAACCACGAUGAGGGGGUGACAUCCCUGGCAUGGCUGGGCCCGUCCAGGUUCGUGGCGUCGGGGUGCAUCGACGGCAUGGUGCGAAUCUGGGACAGCCUCUCCGGGGAGUGCGUGAGGGCCUUCGCCGGCCACGGUGACGUCGUGCAGUCCCUCGCCGUCUCUGCUGAUGGCAACUCCAUCGUCUCCGUGUCCACGGAUGGCUCUGCCCUCAUCUUCGACAUUUCCAUGUUCAAGUGAAACCAUAGUAGCAGUAGUUACCAAUACAUGAUGAAGCCAACGCAAAACUGUACAAUGGUCUCCUCAGCCACUUUGGUUAUAGGCCAGGGGAUUGAGAUUUUAUACAUGGAGCCACUGCGAGUUGUACAAUUAAACACCCUCGUCUAGGGGAUUACAACUGCAAGUCGAAUCAAUUUUUGUGUGAGCAUUUGGCAUGGAUUAAUAGCAUAUUUUCCUGAUGUUUUGCAGCAUACUCUUUUGUUUUCAAUGCCAAUGGUGUGUGCAAUUGCAACA